AUGUUUUGCUUGAACGUCGAUAUUGUCACUAAUGUCUUCAAUGGAAUGAAUACCUCGGAACAAUUUAAAGCCGAUAUGGGAUUGCCCGAGGUUUAUCAACUUACACCAAUUGUUAAGGUCCUCUGCAUCUGUUUCUACAACGUGUUAUGCGUUUGUUCGGUAUACGGGAAUUCGUUGGUAAUUAUGGUUAUUCUGUAUUUUCGAAGGCUUCGAACCGCCACAAAUAUACUUAUCCUUAAUUUGGCUAUUGCUGAUCUGCUCAUUGCUGUGUUCUGUAUACCGUUUUCUUACUGGCAAGUGCUCAUUUUUGAUGAUCAACGCUGGGUUUUCGGCUCGGCGAUGUGCAGCCUUCUGUGUUUCCUGCAAGGAAUUGCCGUGUUUCUCAGUUCAUGGACUCUCGUCGUGAUCAGUUUUGACCGUUGGAUGGCGAUCAUGUUUGUGAUGUCGCCGAGUAUGCGCCUGACGAGGAGACGAGCAAUCUAUUUAGUACUCGGCACAUGGGCAUUCAGCAUAACCAUGGCGUUACCGUUGUUUCUUGUCGCUCAAAUAAAAACCACCGAGGGGAUCAAACGAUGCGAUGAGGAUUGGACUGGUGUCGAAGCAAUCAUACCGGGAUCGAGACGCCUUUACUCGUAUCUUGUACUAAUUCUACAGUACGUCGUCCCUCUCACUGUGCUCAUCAUUACGUACACAUUUAUUGGAAUGAAAAUGUGGAACAGUCGAAUCCCCGGACCCACUAGUUCAACGAAAAAAGUUGUGAUGGAGAGGCACGAGAGUGUCAAAAAGUUGAUCCCGAUGGUGAUUCUGAUCUCUGCUAUGUUUGCCUUUUGUUGGCUACCUCUUCUACUUCUCAUUAAUGUUAUAGUUGAUUUAUGGCCUAGCGUUGCUAGUUGGAAGUUUAUCCUUUACAUAUGGUGGUUCUCUCAUGGAUUAGCUAUGAUGCAUUCCAUGGUUAAUCCAAUCGUGUACUUCCUACGAAAUGCUCGUUUCCGAGAGGGUUUCUGUUACUUUUCACGGUUUCUUCCGUGCGUACACUUCCAAGAAUUCAAACUGCUCAGCGAGCAUGCACGAAGAGCCCGCGCUGUACAGCUCGUGAAUAUGGUGGCAUUCCUGCCGGUACACGGUUUACCGAACAAACAAGACCUCUGA